AGCGCUUUGCCCUACAGUAACCUCCUCCAUCUCUGCGCAUCAGACAUGCAACAUCCUGCUUUAGCAUGUCUCAUUUCUGCUAUGCUCAAACAACUUACUUUCCGCACGCAUGGCACUGAUAAACGAGCACAAGUCAAUCGCAGUGCUAAAAUGAAGACACAGCUGUGUUUUGUCAUGUUGUGGAGGACCGACAGUGUUGCUGAGUGAGCACAGGCGCCGGUAGUGGACAGAUUUUUCAGCCCUUAUGAUGUGUUCAAGCUCCGAGACCAAGUAGCUGACAAUUACAGCAUCGACGGAACUAACUACACCAACUGGGCUAACAUGGUGAAUGUUUGACAAGAGGUGGCCAUGGAUGCCUUCAGCCAGCUGAUCUUACUCAUCGCCACAGUCAGCUUUUGCACUUUCCAGUGGCUCUUCCACAGCUUGAGUCCCUGGUUGUCAUGCAGGAUCAGCCCAGGCUUCCUGAAACUCAGCCACAAGCAGCAAAUUGAGUGGAACUCAAGGACAGUGUCCACAUUCCAUGCGAUAGUGGUUGGGCUCUUUUGCCUCUACAUCCUUUUUUUUGAUGAAGCCACCAAUAAGGACCCUGUGUGGGGAGAUCCAACAUUGGUGAAGAUAAACGUGGGAAUAACAACAGGCUACCUCAUAUCUGAUCUGCUGCUCAUAUUUUACUAUUGGAGGGCGAUAGGGGACAAGUUUUUUGUAGUUCACCACCUGGCCGCAUUGUAUGCUUACUACUUUGUACUGGGUCAAGGAAUGUUGCCUUAUUUUGCUAACUUCCGUCUGCUUGCAGAGUUUUCCACUCCAUGUGUGAACCAGCGCUGGUUCUUUGAAGUGUUAGGUUACCCUAAAUCCUCCAGACUCAACAUUUCCAAUGGUGUGCUGAUGGCAGCUGUGUUUUUCAUGGUUCGCAUCGCAGUCAUGCCUGUUUACUACAGUCGUAUGUACUCUGUAUAUGGCACGGAGGCCUUCUAUCGUGUGUCAUUUGGUGGCCGCAGUGCCUGGAUCUUUUCCAGCAUCUGUUUGGACAUCAUGAACGUCAUGUGGAUGCAUAAGAUUGCUUGCGGCUGCUAUAAGGUUCUGCGCUCCAGACAGCAUGUGAAGUCCAAGGUCCAAGAAAAUGGAAAAAUGAACUAAGCAUGAAGAAAGUUCCUUCUACUCAAUGGGGAAAAUUAAAGAAGACCCUUAGUGCACUCUCUUGUUUUAGAAGUGGCAGAUUGUGAGUCAGCCAGCAGCAGCUGCAGAGUUCGACUGGUGUACUUGCUUUUGAAGCUGGUCAUGUGGAGAAACCACACCAGAGCAAUACAGUAGAUGAGUAAAUGUUUUCAGUGAUGCUUGUGCUACAAGCUUGUGUCGGAUUAAGAUGGCUGCUGACGUCUCUCUUCCCACCUGCUUCAGUGGUUUAGGCCCAACGUGCAACAAACAAAUGUUCAGCUCAAAGGGCACUGGAAUUUUCUAUUUUCAUUUUGUUUUGAGCUGUUUAGAUUUUUAUUGCCUAAAAGUGAGGCUUAUAUUUUAAACUUUACACUUUACACCUCUAAGGACAAAAUGUGCCACAUCCUUCUGAUUUACUCACCAGGACACUGCCAUCUAUAAACUCGAACAGCCACCAUGUUUACUCUGAAGUUACACUUCACACACAAACUGUGAAGGAUCUCACACUCUCCCCUUCACUACAUUACACCAAGACUCGCUACCCAUCACAGACCACAUCCGAACAAGACGACAUCUUUACGCCAAGGAUGACGGGAAAGUUUAACUGUGAAUGUGCACAGACUUUUUUACAUUUACAUAAAGAUUUUGCACUUUGUGUGAUAGGGGAUGUAUACUUCUGUCUUUCCUUUUUGGAAAUCAAUCAUUGUGCUGGACUCAAAUUCUUCACCUAGAUUUUGUUUGGAGAUGAUGGACAUAAUUGAAUAGUUUCUCACUUUGUUCUGCCAUUACUGCAAGGGAUUUUUGAUUUUUAAAGCAAGAUAUGGAAAUGGUUUUCACACACACACACACACACACACACACACACACACACACACACACACACUUGAAAUUCUCUAAACCAUAGCUUGGUUUGAACAGGGGAUACUGUAAGUGCAUGCUGCAGUGUGGAUCUCUGAAUGUUUUUGCAUCAUUGAUGAUAGGAAUAUUAACGGACAUGCACAAGUACUCAUUUUAGUUUCAUGUACAGUGACAAUAGAAUAUAAACGGUUUAAUAUUUUGUGAAAGGCUUUGGUCAUGAACAUGACCCUGUGGCUGAUGUUUCUUAUCUACACUCACUAAAGCAAAGGAUGUUUAACAGAUAUUUUUUCUGCAUCAUGCCUUAUUUAUUUGAACCUAAACUGAAUCAGCAUGUACAUGUAUAUUUAUUCUUUUAAAAGGAAUUGUAUUAUGUAUGAAGAAAAGGUGUUUGUGAUGUAUCUUGAUAGAUAUAUACUGAAUAACAAUGGCAACACAAACAUAUUUAAAUCAGCUUGAGAUGCAUCAUGUUACAGUACUUUGUACGAAAUUUUAGUGUAGAAUAUUCACCCAGUCUUGAAUCUGACUAAGAAAUCAUCUACAAUGAGAAUAUUACUGAAUGCCACACAUUUUAUAUUAUAAAAUUGACAAGUAUUUAUGUUGGUAUGUGUGUAAGAUGAUAUGAGAUAUAGAGGAAUUAUUUGCUCUUUUAAAUUGACAGAUGUUCUAUUUUCUAUCGAAUAAAUGACUUGAAUCUUUGCUCUACCUUAUGGGGAAUAGUAGUCAGUGCAGAUUCAUUUCUUUUCUGUACUUACAAGAUGAGGCCAGUCGUAAUCUUUUGCAUUUACUUCUUUAAUUGCUUGUUCUAGCUGCCUUUUUAUUUUAAAGAUUUAUUUUCUUAAAGGUUAUUUUCAAUACCUUCUAAUGCCAUUACAUGUUAUGCUUUGGACUGAGCUUGCAUGUCUUUCCUUUACUUUUUGUUCUUGCCUUAGGUCUAAUGGAGGAAAGAUGAAAUGAAAGUUUGCAAUUUUCUUUUUUUUUUUAAUUUAUACUGUUUAGUGUGGAUUCAGGUACACCAGCAUACGUCUUAAAUAUGGUUUUAAAACUUUGCCCAGUUACCAUGAUUCAAAUUCCUACUAGCCUGUACUUUGUUCUGAAUAAAAUAAAAUGCAAAAUGUUUUACUAGA